CCUAAUCUAAAAUGCAAAAGUAACAUUUCGCUUUCAAUUCCAUGAAGACCCAAGAUUUUUCCAAUAUUUGCAGAGUGAGCAGAUAAUGCUUGUGGAUUACAGCUCAUCCGACGAGGAGACAGAAGAUGGGAAUGAGCAGAAAAGCACAGAAUCAACAAAUACAAAAGACCUACGACCAAAUAAACUUCCAUCGGCUGUGGAAUUGCUUGGAAAUAUCACCAAAAGUGCCCAUGAGGACAUCCCGGAGGAGCAUGACGGGAGAAUAAGGAGUUUUGCCCAUGAAAGAGGCAUUUGGGCUACUUUCUGUUACAUCCCAUUUGAUCUCAGUGAAAGCAUCCAACAUCUCCAGAAGUCAAUAAAAAAUUCCGUCCGGAAGAAUCUCAAUCUGGAGUUGUGUGAAGCACAAGAACUCCAUGUGAGUCUGACAAAAACUGUUAUACUUCGACAUCACUGGAUUGAGUCCUUCGUUGCGUCCCUCGAGAAGAAGUUCAGGAACAUUCGUAAAUUCCCACUUCAUCUCAAUUCCUUGAAGAUCUACUGCAACGAAGAGAAGACAAGGACUUUUGUGGGAUUGACCAGUUCUGAGGAGUUUUUCGCGUAUCUAAGCAAAUUGGUAAAACAUUGUGAUGAAGUUCUGAAGGAAUUCAAUUUGGAAUGCUUCUAUCGCGAAAUGUCCUUUCACGUCAGCAUCCUCUGGAUCGUUGGGGAUCAUCGAGAGACUCUUUGUGAACUAGAAGAGGACUUUCGGGAGCAUUUUUUGGACGUAUUGGGAGAAAAUUUUCCCGAUUUUUCCACUCAAGUUGAAAAAAUUCAUUGCAAAAGCGGAAAUAAAUUGCACACUUUUACUUUGAAGUGAAACUUUAAAAGAUGAUUUCCUUUUUAAAUUCAAAAGAGUUACUGAUGUUAUGAGAUCUCAAAGACUGUAGUUAAAAAAAAUAAUAAAAAUAUUUUACAGAAAAAA